UAAAUCCAACCUGCCUCCAUCUAGACGCGCGGCGCAGCCAAUCAACCUGAUCUGAAGAUCGAAAAUAGGAGGGCUUACAGUAAUCAGCCCUCAGAGUCUCAUGACAAGGAACAGGGUGGCUACGUUGGGGGGAGCGCACGGCACACGCAGCAGGACGCUCACUGGAGCUGCGCUCUCAGCACAGAACCAACCAGAUCGCGAGAGAGAGAGACAGGGGAACGGGGACGGUAGAAGCAUCCCAUAACGGAUGCGGGUUUUAGCCAAUUUCGGACGCGCUGGAGUCUAAGACCACCAGAGUGAAUCCGUCCGGGAAAUAAGGCGAUUUAUUUUCUUUUUUUUUUUUUGGAGGGACUUGACCUGAGUGCCGUUGAACCUUCGUCUCCUCCGGAUGCUCAGAAAUGGGGGAAUGGACUAUACUAGAGAGGCUCCUGGAGGCUGCUGUCCAGCAGCACUCUACUAUGAUAGGAAGGAUCCUACUAACAGUGGUGGUCAUCUUCCGGAUUCUAAUCGUAGCAAUAGUUGGAGAGACUGUCUAUGAUGACGAGCAGACCAUGUUUGUUUGCAACACCUUACAACCCGGCUGCAACCAGGCGUGCUACGACAAGGCAUUCCCCAUUUCACACAUUAGAUAUUGGGUUUUUCAGAUCAUCAUGGUGUGCACCCCCAGCCUUUGUUUCAUCACAUACUCGGUGCACCAGUCGGCCAAGCAGAAGGAGCGGCGGUACUCCACGGUGUACCUGACGCUGGACAAGGAUCAAGAUUCUCUGAAGCGAGACGAGAGCAAAAAGAUAAAGAACACCAUAGUGAACGGAGUUCUGCAGAACACCGAGAACUCCACCAAAGAAGCCGAGCCGGACUGCUUGGAGGUGAAGGAGAUCCCUAAUUCGGCCAUGAGAACUACAAAGUCCAAAAUGAGGCGGCAGGAAGGCAUCUCCAGGUUUUACAUCAUCCAGGUGGUGUUCAGAAACGCGCUGGAGAUAGGCUUUUUAGUGGGUCAGUACUUCCUGUACGGAUUCAACGUGCCGUCCGUGUAUGAAUGUGACCGCUACCCGUGCAUCAAAGACGUCGAGUGCUACGUGUCCAGACCCACGGAGAAGACAGUGUUCCUGGUCUUCAUGUUCGCGGUGAGCGGCUUUUGCGUGGUGCUGAACCUGGCGGAACUCAAUCAUCUGGGCUGGAGGAAAAUCAAGACGGCCGUGCGGGGGGUGCAGGCUCGGCGGAAGUCCAUCUAUGAGAUCAGAAACAAGGACUUGCCCAGGAUGAGUGUGCCCAACUUCGGACGCACUCAGUCCAGUGACUCUGCUUACGUGUAAAAACGAACUCACCACCCAGAAUGGGACGAGAUGGACAGCUCCGCACGCCUAAUUUGUGUCAUGAUUUAAAGAGUGGGCAGAUUAUUAUUAUUGUUAUUAUUAUUAUUAUUAUAAUUAUUAUUAUAUUUAUUUCCUUUAUAAGUUCUUGAUCUUUUAUAAACUUCAUGUCAAACGUGGGGUCCACGUUUGCUACUUAUUUAUUAGUGCACUGAUGCAACUUUUUUCUUAAAACGUUUCUACUCUGUCAGAUGCUUCAUGGAGACCACGUCGUUCACAGAUUUACUCUUUGUGGGCUUGUUCUGCUAAACUUGAAGAGAAUAAAUGCAAAAAUGAAGAAGAGAACAGAAUUGCACUAAGAAGUGAACAUCUGAGAGCCUGAUCCAAAUGUGCUGACUUUGCUUUUAAAUAUGUUUCUUUUCUACCCAUUUUUAUUUGUUUCUGGAACCAAACUUCAUAAAUGGCACAAUUUAACCUGAAAAAAAAACCCAUCCAGAUUUAUAUACCAGAUAUAAAUCCUUACCAUUGUUCAGAGUAAAUACAGCUUGACUUGCUUUUUGGGUUAUUUUUGUUGCCUGUGUUGCACCACUGACCUUAAUGUAACCAUUCCACUGCUUAAUAGCUUAACUUUGCAAAACAAUAUCUGGUGAAUUUGCUGCAAAAUGCUAACGUCUGUGACUUCCUUAAUUUAUGACACACCAAAGCGCCCACUGCUUUUAUUUGUGAGUGUUUUCUUGCUUUGUUUCUGUAAUCAAGUGCCAUACUUGUAUAUAAAGAAAUACAAAUUAUAAAUAUAUGUAUACAAAUGAACAUAGAUAUAUAUAUAAAUAUAUAUAUAAUAAUAAUAAUCAUGAGAGCUGAUUCCCUGCUUGAAUUAUGCUUAAUACUGGCAUUUUUUUAUUUGCUCUAAAUGUAUUUGUUGUUCUUUAAAUGAAACAAAGGAGAAAUAUACUUGUUUUAUUUUGCAAAUGACUGGAAAAAGAAAUGAAGUGCUAGAAUUAAAAAUAUAUAUGACAUACAAGAGUCUCCCCAAUCAAAGGAGAUCAAAACUGAAAAAAAGCACAAAUUGAUAUUUUUAAUCAAAGAAUGGGCAAAUAAGACCUGCUCCGGUGCUACGGUUUUUCAUAGAAUGGUUUUAAAUGUAACCCUCAGAGUACAGAAAAAGAAACUAAAAGAUCUUUUUUUCUGUGGAAAAUAAAAGUGGGAUUCAUGUACACCAGAAA